AUGGAGAAAGGCCUGGAGAUCGAACACCUGGACGUCGAGACGGCGUUUUUGCAGGGAGAACUCGAGGAGCAGGUGUACAUACAGCAGCCGGAAGGAUACGUCGACCCGCAUCACCCGGACUUGGUCUGCAGAUUAAAGAAAGCAAUCUAUGGCCUCAAACAAAGUGGACGCGUCUGGAACGUAAAACUGGGUAGCAUCCUAAACGAAAUGGGCCUCCAACGCUGUGAAUAUGACCCAUGCUUAUACCAUCUGCAAAGGAGCGGUGCGGAGCUCAAGAUGGCUGUAUUUGUCGACGACUUGCUGGUGUUCGCAAGUUCCAGAGCCCUCAUCCAGGAGGUCACUGCGGAGCUGCGGAAGCGCAUAACGCUAAGAGAUCUCGGCGACAUCACAAGAUGCUUCAACGUCAACGUUACCAGGGAUAGAGAGAGAGAGGAAUUCUAUCUAUGGACCAACGGGAUAGCAUAG